UUAACACCACUUCUUUAUGCCUGUGAUGAGUGUUCCAUUGAAAUGGUGGAGCAUAUUAUCAACAGACCGGAAUGUACAAAGGAACAGAGAAUUGACGCUCUUGAGCUUCUUGGUGCCACCAUUGCUAAUAAUGAUAAAUCUUGUGAUACUGAGAAAGCUUUUAGUUACAUGAAACGUGGAAUGCAGAUGAGAUACGAAGACGCGGCACAUCCAUUGCUCAAAAAGAAAAUGGAACCUGUGGAAGCUUAUCAAAAUAGAAAAGAGAGUCAAACUCUUGAGGAACUUGCUCUGUUAGAAGGUGAUGAUCAUGCUAUCGGCCUGGAAGGACUAAUAAUCAGAGAGAGAAUCCUUGGGCCUGACAAUCUAGUGAAUCUGCCAAAAAUCGUAAACCAGGCAUUUGUUUUAGGUAAAGCUGAGAAGUACGAGCUUUGUAUUGGUUUGUUGCUACGAGGGUUGGAGAAAGCUAUGAACAUCAAUGUUGUGGCAAUAACAGAAGUUCUUGAAAGCCUUACAGUUGUAUUUGGAGGAAGGGAAAAAGAAAGUAUACGUUUACGACCAAUUUAUAUUGAUGACGCUUUUGAAAAACUUGUUGCUAUAAGUGAGAAACGGACAGAAAAACUGAAGUCUAAAACCUCGCAAGAGGAGCAAGAAAAAACGCUUUACUUUGCUCUUUAUCUUUUGAUGAUAUACACGGAAGUUAAAGGUCAAAAUGCCAACAUGACUGACUUUCUACAAAGGUUCUUGCGUUUAAACCCUCGAACCAAUGAUGGAAAUACUUUACUGCACUUAGCUGCAUGGCAUGGAACCCCGACUUAUUCAAAUACUGAUCAGGAAGUAGAAGACAUGAUUCCGAAGUGUGUGCAAGCUUCCCUGUGUUGAGACAGUGAAGCUUAUUCUACAUGCAGGGUGUAAUGUAAAUGCCGUCAACAGCGACGGAAACACACCUCUCCAUCUAGCUGUGACAUUCAAGCCUGCUGACCCUAAAGAAGUCGUGAUUUUGUCAGAAAUGCUGCUGUUGUUGUUAGAAAUAGGUGCAGACCCAAAGUUGCCAAACAAGAAUUGGCAAACACCACUGCACAGCUGUGAGACUGACGAGGCUCGUAGAAUACUGUCACAGAAAAGAGGACUGAGUGCCAUGAACGUCGACGUCGGAGAUGUAAGAAAGUUUUAAAGGUUAACAUAUUAUAAUUUUGUAAAAUUAUUUCUGUCACCUCUUUCACGAAAUUAGAGUAGUACUUACUUCCGUGUCCAAUGUUGUGUUUAUUAUAAAUACGUCACACUUGCAGCUCCAUCUGCAUGAUCUGGACCCCUGGAGCAGGCUUGAUUUCCAAAAUCGUCUUUUCGAAUGAAACGAUCCAUCACAAUGCCGUGAUAGCCACAAAAGGCAUAUUUAGUAGUAGCAUGUACAAAAGCCUCGUAGAUUAAGAGCGAAUGCCCACAAGAAUCAAACAAAAUCGGAAAAUAGCGGCAAAAGUGUAAAAACUCAAAAUCGCUCAAACUUUGGCUAUCAGUAGUCCAUACUGAGUUAUUCAUCGCAAUGUAAUUAAUUUGUCAAAUUACUUUUUGCUUUGGCAGAAAAUGACUAUCAUAAAUUUCGGUGCUUGUCACGAGAAAUUUCGAUUUGAAAAUUAGCGGUUUUGAAGCAAACCGCUCGCCUUAACUGUAGAACAAGAAGACAUUAACUUAUUAUCAGAUUAUUCUACAUCUCUUCCUGAUUUUAUUUUAUUAUUUCAAUUGUGUUUUACAGAUAUUGAAGGCCCUAACUCGAUAUUAAUGCUGCUCAUAUAUCAACAGCAUUCUUUUUUGAGAAUCUAAUGGUUUUUGCGUAUUAUAUGAAACUUGGGUCGUACCUUGUGUAAGCAAAUUCAUAACUCCCAAGAAAAAAGAGUUACGACAUCGCGAGACGUCAGGAGGUGUUGUUGUCUCAGACCCCUCUGUACUUUAACUGUAGUUUCCUUUUGAAGGUUACCUAUUUCUUAUUUGCGUGUGAGAUAAUUUGUCUUAAUUCUAUUCGGUUGUGAGAACUACUAACUCCCUCGUUUCAUUUAGCAUGACAUCUGAUCAUGACGAUAAAGGCUAUUAUUGCCUACUUGUGACAUCUUUGACUGCCAACAAAAUUUCAACUAGUUGACUGUGUACAAAUACCGUAUUUCCUCGAACAAUAGCCGGGGGCGUUUUUUUUCCACACCAAAAGAGGGCAAUUAUUCGAGCGAAGUCGAUUGUUCGAGGGACACUAUUAUUUCAAAUAUUGCUCUCUAGAAUUUGUGCCUUACAUAUUUUGCUUUAUUAUUAAACUGAUCCAUUAAAUCAGAAAAUAAUCGUAUCAAAUAUAUAAUAAUAAUAAUAAUAAUAAUAAUAAUAAUGAUAAUAAUAAUAAUAUUUAUAGAGGGAGCCCAACUCGCCAAGGCGGUUUUCAGUGGGGCCCUCAUGCAUUAAUCUAACUAAUUAAUUAAUUAUUACGAAAAAAGUAAAAUAUGUUUACAAGUAAAACAAAUUUAAAAAUUUAAAAUCUUAAAAUCGAUUAUCCAAAAAAAUAUCAAGGUUUAAAAUUAGCUGAGAUCUUUUAAAAAAGUUUUUAACUUGGAUUUAAAAAUAGAUAAAAUAUUACACUCUUUUAAAUCAUUUGGAAGGCUGUUCCAGUCUUUCGCGGCGUGAAAAAUAAAAGCUUGUUUACCCCAGUUUUUUCUGGGUAGGGGUAAGCGAAUAUCAUUAGAGCGUCUUGUAUUAUAUGAAUGAACAGCUUGAGUUUUAGUAAAAUUAAAGUUGAAAUCGGUUUCUCCAAUAAGACACUUGUGGAUUGCAAUGCAGCGAUGAAAAAACCUUCUUGUGGACAGUGACUUCAGAUCUAGACUCUUCAGUGCUUCAGUUGACGAGCUUCGGGGUGGUUGCCCCAGCAUAACUUUAGCAGCUUUAUUCUGUAGAAUCUGUAAUUCUGACAUGAUGGUGUCAUUGUUCUUGUCCUCCCAUAUAACGUCUCCGUAAUCAAAAAGAGGGAGGAUUAGGGCAUUGUACAAGGCUACUCUAGCUUAUAGCGGCAAUAGAUUCCUGAUUCUCCUAAUGAGGCCUAUUCUCUGAUUAAUCUUCAUGCUGAUAGCAUCGACAUGAUCUGCCCAGGACAUAGACUGUUGAAGCGUUACGCCUAGGUAACAAAUAAACUGAAAAUAGGCUUUAAAAGUGUUUUAAAUUUGGUUCCUUGAUUAAUUUUCAAUGUCAUCAUCCUUGAAUCGUCACUGAUCAGUUUUCUUGGAUAAAAAAGAAGAUGCCGAGAGAGGUAAGGUGCGGGCGAUUAUUCGAGAGAGGCGAUUAUUUGAAAUAUUUCCGUCAAAGGGGAGCGAUUAUUGGAAAGCGACGAUUAAUGGAAAGACGGGUACUCUUUUAAAACACUGUCUUUGAAAAACCUCAGGCCUUAAAGUUCUUUCGUCAGGGAGUCAUAAAUAUAAAUGGGAUUCAUUAACCAAUUUUGGAUGCUAAAUGAACCUUCACAUGAACAAAACGGUUUGUGUUUUCUUGCCCUAAAGAAUAGCAACAUGUACUGUUUCCAUUACGAGCCCUUGCUGGCUUGACAACUGUAGCCCUGCGACAGGUUUGAAAGCACGUCCACGAAUGGCUUUUUCCGUUUGACUGUAAUAUCUGAUGUGUCAAGUCCGAAGGCUUCACAGGUGUUCUGUGACAAUUACACUGAAAGGGAGCUAAGAUUGGAAAUAAAAGACUAGCUCACAAAUGUUGUAGGAGUUAUAGAUUAUCGGAUGUGAAAGCUGGAUGCUCACUUCACACAAAACCUUGUCCCUAAGCACAUUUUGAAGGUCUUCAGCUGCAGUUUCAUCCUCACUAGCUGGUCUACCUCAACACUUCGAUUAGCAGCAAGGCGAGAGAAGUAACUACUAAUUUGCUGGCUCGUGAGAAAAUCGCCAUAACCGAAUAGCCUUUCCCCGUGUACUUACUAUCUUUUGCAGUUCUCAUGGCUUUACAGACGUCACUCGGCUCGGCCUUCUUUCCCGGUUCUGUCUCCAAUUUGAAACUUGACAUUUAGGCACUGCUUUUGCUUGUCAGUAAAUUUCGUGCGACGUGACGGUGGCGAUUUCAGUGCCCAUCCCAUCCUGAGAGUAACUGGGGGUUGGUAUUGAAGAUCCACUUCCUUCUACCACCACUGGAAUUUUGCUCGCGCCAUAGUCCAGUUUAGUCGCGUAUUCUAUUAUGGCCUUAUCAUAGAGUUGUUUCGUGCUAAAGUUUACGCUUAUGUUUUUCACAGUCUAAGUGUUUAACAAGCGAUGGAUGCCUCAUAAAAGACUUAAUGCAUCCCUCUUCCGGGCACGUAAAUAAUCGAGAAUUGGUAGCAGAAGACAGGGUAUCGCUUGACUCAUCUUCACUUUCGGAACUGUCUUCUUUCUCUGUCACAAGAGAAUGGCCACCUGUUCGUCUCGGUCUUACUGGAACAAAGCUCGCACUGGCCACGCUCAUCUAAGGACUAGCCUCUAUUGUCGGAAGUUCGCAUUCUUCAGGAAUACUGAACUUUGUCCAUGGAACACUUUUCCCAGGGCCAAUGUCGUAGGCUCUCCAUGUUCUUAUCCUACCAUGGCUGUAGUGGAGGUUACUGACAUAGCUCAUCUUCUCCCACUUCGUGCUCUUGUUGGAUGUAGCGUCAGGAAGACUGCAAACCUUCACGCUCACGCCGCGAACACCCCCACAAGACUCGAUGGUUUCCUUCAUCUGUGCAUCCGUCUCAAUGUCGUGUCCGGAAUUCAGAUGUACUACUAUGUGCGACUUAUAUUAAUCGUAGCUGCCUUGCGAUCGCACGCACCUUUCCUUGCCUGUGACUCAGAAAAAUCAACCCGGGAGAUCUGAAGGCCACGACGUUUGGCAAUCUGAGGGGCUGUAAUCAGCACUUAAUAGAGUUACGCCGCCAAGCAAUCCCGAGUUCGCGCCUGUGGUAUGGACAAAUGGUGUCCAAUUUCUCUUUCUCCCUGAAAACACCCACUCGAGCAAGUAUUAGUUCCCUCUCUGUGUUUACUCCAGAAAAUGACCAGUAUUAAAGAGCAAUGAUCCGUAAUAUUCUUUGAGCAGUUGCAUACACUAAUUAUUUCAAGACUCCUGCUUUUAUCUAACCUAUCAUACGAGCAGACUGUUUCGGUUCUACUUUGAAAAGAGCACGAAAACUGCGAAAACGCCAUUGCAGUGCUUCACAGAUCGAGAACACUACUUAGCUUUACAAAGCGCGUUAAGAAAGUUUCGUGGGAAAAUUUCAUAACUCUUAACUGGGACUCGUUUAUAAUUGGCUAUCAGUAUAGCAACACGACCAAAUAGUUAAUUCCGAGAGUCAGCAAAAUAAUUAUUUUCUAGUCUAAUAACAAAAACUAGAGACUUUAAAUUUUGAAGUCUCUGUUUUGCCAGCCUUCUAUAAUUUUUGAUCAUUGGCAUUCGGUUUUUUUUUUUAACUCGUAAGGAAACCCGUAAUCAUUGAAGUAAAGACACUGCGUAUGGGGCGUCUGGAAAGGCCGGAAACCGGAAUCGGGAAUAGGAACGGGAAUGGGAACAGGAACCGGAACCGGAACCGGAAACAGCAACGGAACAGGAACAGCAAUGUGAAGGGGAACCAAUACAAGAACAGGGAUAUCAUUUACUUUAAAUUAUUUUAAUUCGAAUUCAAUUUAUACAAAAAAUAAGAACACUACUCUGGUAUCAUGCUCCCCCCCGAAUCUCUUUAUAAUACGGCAGCGAGAAGGUAGAAAAAGCCGCAAGUUAAAUAAGUAAAGCAACAGCUUUGCGAGUGCAUCGUAUCGCGCUUUCUGUCAAUUUCUUCACCGCGUAUGCACAACUACGAUGUAAAUGAUUAAAUCUUAAGUUCUCUUGAGAACGUGAACGGCAGGCAAUAAAUUUUAUUGUGUCUUUCUGAGCUCGGACGCGGUCUCCAGCCUCAUUUCCCAACCUUUAAAAGACUGGGCAAUUUGGAAUUAAUGAGAGAUAGUUUGAAUUAAGAACCGAAUUCAAUUUCUCAGUGGCGUUUUCGCUGGCGUUGCCGUCGUCAGAUCUUAAGGUUCCUUUUGUCUCUCACAGAAAGGUGGUUAUCACAUGUUAAUAUUAUUUGUCAGACCAUGUGUAUACGAGAAACCCAUCGGAGACGUUUAUUGGGCUGCCAUACACCUCAGGUUUGCUCCAUAGAUAUAUUGUACGGUGCUAAAUUGGGAAGUUAACCAGAGAUAGAUAGUCCACAGCUUAAAAAGGCUAUUAACACGUACCUCCUCCCCCUUCCCCCCCAACCCAUCCCAGCCAGUACUUCAUCUACCUCAACCGCGUGCAAUAGGGACCUUAAUAAGUAAGCAGAACGUUGACGUCCAGGACAUUAAAAAUGGAAACUGGAAGUGGAUGUUUUCUGUCUUUAGGUGCUCUGACUCAACAAAUUCGCACAGUGGAAGGUAAGAGGAAGAAUUCAGAUUCGUUGUGUGAGACAGAAGCGUUCCAUCAAGCGACGGUCAGCGUUCUCGUUGCUUAAGUUCGCUAUUAUGUUUGGCACGAAAACACAAUGUGUCAUAGGCUAAAGAUAAAGAAAGGUUAAUUAGAUUAACAUUUCAAGGGUGUUUUCUUGUUUCUUUAAUUAUUUCUCUGGCUUUUUAUUUAUAUCACAAUUAUAUCUUUUUCUUUUCAUAUCUCUAUACACUGUUUAUAUUUCCCUUCCUAUUCCGGUUCCUAUUCUAUUUUUCCCUUAUUUUUCGUAUGUAAUCUGAAUAGGAAUUAAAUCCAGAUUAACUUAAAUUAAGGUAAAUGUUGUCCCUGCUUUUAUAUAGGUUUCUCUUCCCAUUCCAGUUCCUAUUCCGGUUCCGGUUCCUGUUCCUGUUCCUAUUCCCGUUCCUAUUCCGGAUUCCGGAUUCCCGCUUUUCCAGACGCCCCUGCGUAUGUGCACUACUGGCUAUACGUGAAAAUUGCCAAGGGAGCGAGGGAAAGCUUUGAUGAAACAAAUAUGCUGUUAAACAUUUUAUUUAUCAAACAAAAUGAUGAAUAAUAAAAAUCAGGAACAAUAACAAGGCCGUUAAUGUAUUUUCAUCUGGUUCCAAAUUAUUUCGGGAAACAUUCAGACCUAAUAUUUGUCACGGUGCGUCACGCAAUCUCGCACAGAACUCACACAGAAAAAAACACUGACGAAAAGUGAAAUUUACCAAACUUUACCUGAUUCCUUAAAAAUCCGUAAAGUUCAGAGGCAAACGAUUAUGCAUGUUGACACUAUCGUGUAAAGGUGCGUAAAGUUGAUAUAAAGGUUACGUGCGUAAUGAGAGCACUUUACAAGUUCUUGAACGGUCUUAACGUAUAACGUAAGGGAUCGUAAAGAUCCAUCAAUCGCUUUUUCCAGGGUUCUUUUUUUUUAUCGUUAACUUGAAAAAACCAAAAACCUAAUAAUACAAGGAACGAAGACAUAACAUGUAUUUCACUUGAAUGGUAACACUACAAGAUUUUGUUCACCUAGCGUUAGAUGUAAGUAUAGAAUGUCACGUAAUUUAACAACACACUGUGCCACACCAUAGUCUGAAACAGGAAGGGUUUAAAAAAGACAAAAGUAAAUAAGCAAAUUCAGAUUCUCGAAAAAUCCUGUGUGACUCUUCUUUACUACACCCCUGACCCCUCUGCAAUAGACUUGAUAAAUAGACAUUGUUUCCUGGGCGUAGUGCGCAUAAAGAUGAUCUCCUUUUCCCUCAAUCAUAGAAUCUGUGAAUUUUGAAAAUUGUUGUAGUGUUGAUUUUGGAUGAUAAUUUUCGAGGCGAUUGCCGAGUAAUAGGAGGGCUUUGUCGUAUAGAGUGCUUUUUUCUUGGCCUAUUCUAAAUUGCCACCAAAUCUCCGGCCACUCAAAGUUUUCUAAAUAAAAAGUUCAAAGAACAAAAUAAACUGACGGGCGUCAGGGUAACACUAACGCAUUUUUGUAAAUCUCUUUCGCCGGCGGGGGAAAGGAAGUUUUCCCGAUUGCUGUUUCGUUUUUCCCCUCGCGCCCGGUCGCUGCCAUUAUUUGCCCCCACCAAAUGGAGAGCUACAUAAGUGCCAUUUCCCUGAGGGAGUAAUGACAGAUCGUGGUUUAGAGGCUGCUAAAAAAAGGUUAAAUAUUUUAAGAUAUAGUACUUUUAUAGUACUAAAUUACUUUUGUAACAUCUCAGUGAUGGGGCAUGCCUUUCUGUUUUCCAAAGGCGGGAAAAAUCAGAAGUGGAACUGAUAAGAAGACAGAAGAAGAAGGAUUUGUACCUGGAACAGAAGAAGAUCUUUAUGAAAACACUCAGAAGGAGACUGAAGCAGAGGAAACACCAGGUAUAUAAGAGAAUCAAGAGUCAUUAUGGCUCUUGAUGAGACCAGUUGCUUAAGACGAUUAAUUGUACCCAGAAUCAUUGAGCUCCAUUGAUGAGCCAUUAGGUGCCAUUUUAGGUGAGGUGAAAAAAGAGAGUAUAUCUUAAACAAAGAGACUAAGGCCAAUGGCCCGAUAUGGCGGCUCCCUCAUCGUUCAAGGCUGUAGAAGAUAUUUUGACUUUUCUUACAGUGAUGGCCAAAUUUUAUGGUCAACAAAAAAGGAAACCAAAACAAAACCCAAAAGAAAUUUAAUUUGAAUCUGUAAUAACUGAAAAAUAAGUAACCCCAUGAUAUUAAGGCUAAGAGAAAAACAAGAGACGUGAUUGAAUACCCAAGGGGUUAAAAAUUAAAAACUCUAAGCACCACAUCAGGUGCAUUAUUACCUAGAGAUCGGAUACCCUUGAUCUUAAAUUCAAAUAAAUUUAGAUUGAGAGGAACUUCCCCUUGAAUGACGCAACUGUACAAGAUGGAUCUUAACCUCUCUUACAGUGUGGGUGAUAGGGUGGUCGUCUCUUUUUGUUCUGUGGGACAGUAAACUGAAAUGAUCGGCCUCCUUCUAUCCUUACUUCUUUAAGGACAAUUAAGGGAGUUGGCACAGCAGUUGGAAAGUGUCCAACAGGAGCUAAGACAGAAAGACGGACAACUGAUGGAAGUGACACAGCAGUUGACAAAUGUUCCAGGGCAACUACAGGAGAGAGAUGGACAAUCGAGAGAGCUGACACAACAGCUGACAAAUGUUCAAUGGCAGCUAGAAGAAACAGAUAAAGAAUAUACCUACUUGUUGGAACAACUGAUGGGAAACGAAGAAGAAGUGAAUGAAUUGAAGAUGUCUCUUUCAACAGCUCAGCAAGCGUUACGUAGACGUCCACGACAACAGUCACCAGGUAUUAGAAUCUAACCAAGGGACCAAUUUGUUGAGGCGAAUAAUUGUACCCAGGAUCAUUGAGCUUCACUGAAGAGCCUUUAGGCGCCAUUUGAGGUGAUAAAAGAGAGAGAUUUUAAACGGAAGAAUUGGAUGCUAAUGACCCGAUUUGGCGGCUCUCCUUAUCGUUCAAGGGAGUAAAAAACUAAAUAGAUGAUGUGUUUCGACUGUUUUCAGAGUAAAACGUAAUAAGUACGAACAACAAAAUUAAACCAAAACACCAAUAAAAAGAAAUGUCAUUUGUAUUUGUAAAUGAAAGAAAAAAGGCUAGCCCAUGAGUGUAACCAAGAGAACAACAAUGGAAGAGACUGAAUACCCCAUAUAUGGAAGUAAAAAAAACAUUCAAGAGGAAAAAAGACACCAGGUACAUUAUUAUCUAAAGAUCAAAUACCUUGGGUCUAAAAUUGAAGUAAAUUAAUAUACACAGAGAGGAAUUCUCCUCUAGAAUGAUGCAACUAGAAGAUUCACUCUCUAAGUUUGAUCCUGUCUAGAUAUUAAACUAAGCGUAGGACUAAGGAAAAUUGUUUAUUUUUAGUGUGAGACAAAAAGCCGAAAAUGGCGUCCCCCUAUCUUUAUAUCUUUAAGGACAAUUAAGAGAGUUGAGACAGCAGUUGGAAAAUGUCCAAGAGCAACUAAGACAUAGAGACGGACAAUUGAGGGAGGCGACAAAACAGCUGACAAAUGUUCAAGGGCAACUACAGAUAGAAUUGAGGCAGAUGACACAACAGUUGACAAAUGUUCAAGGACAACUACAGGAGAGAGAUGGGCAAUUGAGGCAGAUGACACAGCAACUGACAAAUGUUCAAGGGCAACUACAGGAGAGAGAUGGUCAAUUGAGGCAGACGACACAACAGUUGACAAAUGUUCAAGGGCAACUACAGGAGAGAGAUGGGCAAUUGAGGCAGAUGACACAGCAACUGACAAAUGUUCAAGGGCAACUACAGGAGAGAGAUGGUCAAUUGAGGCAGAUGACACAGCAGUUGACAAAUGUUCAAGGGCAACUACAGGAGAGAGAUGGGCAAUUGAGGCAGAUGACACAGCAACUGACAAAUGUUCAAGGGCAACUACAGGAGAGAGAUGGUCAAUUGAGGCAGAUGACACAGCAGUUGACAAAUGUUCAAGGGCAACUACAGGAGAGAGACGGACAAUUGAGGCAGACGACACAACAGUUGACAAAUGUUCAAGGGCAACUACAGGAGAGAGAUGGGCAAUUGAGGCAGAUGACACAGCAGCUGACAAAUGUUCAAGGGCAACUACAGGAGAGAGACGGACAAUUGAGGCAGACGACACAACAGUUGACAAAUGUUCAAGGGCAACCACAUGAGAGAGAUGGGCAAUUAAGGCAGACGACACAACAGCUGACAAAUGUUCAGGGGCAACUACAAACAGAAUUGAGGCAGGUGACACAACAGUUGACAAAUGUUCAAGGGCAACUACAGGAGAGAGAUGGACAAUUGAGGCAGAUGACACAGCAGCUGACAAAUUUUCAAGGACAACUACAGGAGAGAGAUGGAGAAUUAAGGCAGAUGACACAACAGUUGACAAAUGUUCAAGGGCAACUACAGGAAAGAGAUGGACAAUUGAGGGAGGCGACACAACAACUGACAAAUGUUCAAGGGCAACUACAGGAGAAAGAUGGACAAUUGAGGCAGGUGACACAACAGUUGACAAAUGUUCAAGGGCAACUGCAGGAGAGAGAUGGAGAAUUGAGGCAGAUGACGCAACAGUGGACAAAUGUUAAAGGCCAACUACAGGAGAGAGAUGGACAGUUGAGGGAGGCGACACAACAGUUGACAAAUGCUCAAGGGCAACUGCAGGAGAGAUAUGGAGAAUUGAGUCAGAUGACACAGCAGCUGACAAAUGUUCAGGGCCAACUACAGGAGAGAGAUGAACAGUUGAGGGAGGUGACACAACAACUGACAAAUGUUCAAGGGCAACUACAGGAGAGAGAUGGAGAAUUGAGGCAGAGGACACAAGAGUUGACAAAUGUUCAAGGGCAACUGCAGGAGAGAGAUGGAGAAUUGAGGGAGAUGACACAACAGUGGACAAAUGUUAAAGGCCAACUAGAGGAGAGAGAUGGACAAUUGAGGGAGGUGACACAAAAGUUGACAAAUGUUCAGGGCCAACUACAGCAGAGUGAUGGACAAUUGAGGGAGGUGACACAACAACUGACAAAUGUUCAAGGACAACUGCAGAAGAAAGAUGGACAAUUGAGGCAGAGGACACAACAGUUGACAAAUGUUCAAGGGCAACUGCAGGAGAGAUAUGGAGAAUUGAGGCAGAUGACGCAACAGUGGACAAAUGUUAAAGGCCAACUACAGGAGAGAGAUGGACAAUUGAGGGAGGCGACACAACAGUUGACAAAUGCUCAAGGGCAACUACAGGAGAGAGAUGGAGAACUGAGGCAGAUGACACAACAGCUGACAAAUGUUCAGGGGCAACUACAGGAGAGAGAUGGACAAUUGAGGCAGACGACACAACAGUUGACAAAUGUUCAAGGCCAACUGCAGGAGAGAGAUGGAGAACUGAGGCAGAUGACACAACAGUGGACAAAUGUUCAAGGCCAACUACAGGAAAAAGAUGGAAAAUUGAGGCGGAGGACUCAACAGUUGACAAAUGUUAAAGGCCAACUAGAGGAGAGAGAUGGACAAUUGAGGGAGGUGACACAAAAGUUGACAAAUGUUCAGGGUCAACUACAGGAGAGAGAUGGACAAUUGAGGAAGGCGAUACAAAAACUGACAAAUGUUCAAGGGCAAAUACAGGAGAAAGAUGGACAAUUGAGGCAGAGGGCACAACAGUUGACAAAUGUUCAAGGGCAACUGCAGGAGAGAGAUGGAGUAUUGAGGCAGAUGACACAACAGUGGACAAAUGUUCAAGGCCAACUACAGGAGAGAGAUGGACAAUUGAGGCGGAAGACCCAGCUGUUGACAAAUGUUCAAGGCCACCUACAGGAGAAAGAUGGAGAAUUGAGGGAGAUGACACAACAGCUGACAAAUGUUCAGGGGCAACUACAGGAGAGAGAUGGACAAUUGAGGCAGAGGACACAACAGUUGACAAAUGUUCAAGGCCAACUGCAGGAGAGAGAUGGAGAACUGAGGCAGAUGACACAACAGUGGACAAAUGUUCAAGGCCAACUACAGGAAAAAGAUGGAAAAUUGAGGCGGAGGACUCAACAGUUGACAAAUGCUGAAGGGCAACUACAGGAUAGAGAUGGAAAAUUGAGGCGGAAGACACAAGAGUUGACAAAUGUUCAAGGCCAACUGCAGGAGACCGAUGGACAAUUGAGGCAGUUAACACAACAGUUUACAAAUGUUCAAGGGCAACUGGGAGAGUUGACGCAACAGUUGACAAAUGCGCAAAUUCAGCUACAAGAAAAAGAUGAAGAAAAUACCACCAUGGGGGAACGACUGAGGGAAAAAGAACAACAAGUGAAUGAACUGGAAACAUCUCUUUCAAGAGCUCAACAACCGUUACGUGGGCGUCCACGCCAACAGUCACCUGACUGGGUCAUUUCACGGGAUCAGAUUCAGCUGACAGAGAAAUGCCUUGGUAAGGGAGGGUGGGGAAGUGUUGUCGAAGGCAAGUAUUGUGGCUGCACUGUUGCCGUGAAACAGAUUUACGAGGCGCUUCUCUCCUCCCAUAACAGAGAAUUGUUUGACCGCGAAAUAAGCAUCGCUUCAAAAUGCCGCCAUCCUUGUAUGCUACAGUUCAUUGGAGCAACAAACGAUGAAGGAAGUCCUCUGCUUGUGACAGAGCUCAUGGAAUCGAGUUUGCGAAAACUGCUGAAGCAGCGAUCUCUUUCUACAGCUGAAGUGGCUGUUAUUUCUCUAGAUGUGGCUCGAGCAGUAAAUUACUUGCAUCAAAAGAAACCACACCCCAUUAUCCACCGCGAUAUCAGCAGCGCCAAUGUAUUGCUAUGGCGACAAGCUGACCAGUGGCGAGGCAAAGUGGCGGAUUACGGUGCUGCUAAUUUUAUGCAGCAUACCAUGUCAGUUUGUCCAGGUGCUGUAAUAUACAGUGCUCCUGAAGCGAUCACUGAAAAUCAAACAGUGAAGGUAUGUCGUCUGGUUCUUUAAAUAUGUAUGUGUUAUUUGUUUUAACUUGAAGCAACCCAUGCGAGAUACCGAGGUAAAAUCCUCAUGAUCAUUUUUGUCAAUCGGAUGCUCGACGGCCUCUGAGCUAUAUGGAGCUUGUGGCAAGCUAAGCCAUGUAAUAGACAGUCUAGACCAAAAGACUAAACUGAAGAUUGGACUAUUUUAGAAAAAGGUGUAUUUUAAGAAUAAUGCAUAAAAGAUUCCUUUGUCGGUUUACAAAAAUCUGAGUCCUUGGAAGGAAAAAAACCUUUGUCUUAUUUGAAUUACCACCUAGGAGUCGUAACUUUGAAAGUGUCAUGUGUGUACAAAGAAGUCAAAUAAUGAAUAAGUUGAUGAGUAUUGAAGUGAAGCUAGUGUUGUUAACCUAAAUAUACAUAUUUUAAAUUAUCAUCGUUCAUUUUUUCAUCUCCAGGUCGAUGUGUACAGUUUUGGUGUUCUCCUCUGUGAGAUGAGCAUCAGGACACCGCCAAAUCCUGACAGGCGUGACGAGCAAGUCGCCAUGGUAACAGAUCGUAUGUUUCGAGCUCUCAUCCGGAGAUGUUUGCGUCAAGAUCCUCAAGACAGACCUAGUAUGGAAGACAUCAUUGGUGAACUAGAAAAACUAGUUUAA